CGUUCGGCGUAGCAGAGAGAGUCAAAGACGAUGACGCAAGAGUUUCAGGCUUUCCGCCGUCGUACCUGGUGGCGCCCCUGCACAGUACGAACUCAAAGUACAAGCUCCAGCCAAUGGCAUCCAUGGAAUCUCAACCACUUUACUGCGACGCAGAGCUGCGCUGGAGAGCUGCCAUUGGCAAUGUUAUAUAAACAUAAACAUUGCAUUCAGCUGGUAAUCCAAAAACCAGAGCUUUUGAUUUCUGAAAUUUCAGUUUCAAUCCACAGCAACCCGCCGUUCGUUCAUCAGUUCAAAUUUCACAUCUUUUUGUUUACGUUUAUUGCUCUUUCUUAUCAGGAUUCAUGGCUGCGGCAGUUCCUCCGGUCACCCAGUUUUUUAAGUAUUUGGCCCCUGGCUGCACAAAGAGACUUCGACUUCCACCAGCUUUCUGUAGAAGUCUGAGUGGAAAGAAACCAAAAACAGCACUUAUUAAAAGCUGUUUGGGAUACUGGGGUGUCAAAGUCGGUAGGAGCGGUGAUGGAAACCUUGCUUUUGAAGAAGGUUGGGAAGAGUUUGCGAAGUGUAAUGGCUUAAAAGAAGCGGACAAUGCAGUUUUUGAACACAAAGGAGACAUGGCCUUCAACAUGGUUGCCUAUGACUCUGGCGGCUGUGAAAAAGAGUAUCCACCUGAUUCCGGUGUAGCUGCCAACAGGAUGGCAACUUCCUCUAAGGCUCGGAACAAUAAGCAUCAUCGCGGUUCCAAAGGAAAAGGGCUUUUGAAAACAACAAAAUGGUUAACGUCGAGGAAACAGUUCAAGAUAAAAAUGGCAAAAAGCCAUGGGUGCGUUAGCAAGGGCUAUGUGAGCCCUAGGCGGAGUUGUAAAGUGUGCAGGAGUUUCAUUUUCUUUUCGGAUUCUUUCUCAAUCUGGCGAGCGCUUAUGGCAGACUACUCCUGCACGGUUUGCAAGAGAAAACGGCCUUCAUAGCAUAUCGAAAUUGAUUCUCAAUGAUCCGCGUGGAAGAUUAUGGCCGCUGAGCCUAGGUCGUUGGGGAAGCAGAGUGAAGGCUGCUGAUCAUCGUCUAGCCAUAAAAGCAAGGGGAUGGUGCAAGUUCUAUGCAUCCAACGGUCUCAAGGAAGGUGAUGUCUGCUUAUUCAAGCUCAAACGGAUGUCCAGGUCGAUUUCAACAGCUUUCAUGGACGUCGAGAUAACGCGCCGGAGAUCGUAAUCAGCAGUUGGUUUUGAAGUUUUUUGAUUUCCGACAAUGUUAUCGAGCACGUAGGGGGCCUAAGUAGUUAUCUUCAUAUUUGAUGUGUUUUCUGGAUAUUGUGAAGAUUAAACUCGUGCUGUGUGACUUGAUGACUAAAUCUUCUUUAUGCCCCUUUUGAAA